AGAUUAGGGAUUUAAGUUUUUUUCAGGAUUUUUUUAUCAAAAUUCAAAAAUUCUGGAGGCCCAUUGCACUAAUAGUUAGAUCAAACAUGUUUCUUGCCAAACUGACCAUAACUCAGUUGGUUAGGAAUAAUGUUCAGAUCGUUGUAAAUCAAACUCGAAGUCUAAAGGAAAUAAAAUGUAAAGCAGCAAUCUGUUGGGAACCAAAUAAACCCUUAAAAAUUGAAGAAGUAACAGUAGCCCCACCUGAUGAAAAUCAGGUGCGCAUUAAAAUGGUUGCAACAGGAAUUUGUCACACCGAUGCAGUGACAUGGCGUGGAGAAGAUGCAGACGCAGUUUUUCCAGUUGUUCUUGGUCACGAGGGUUCUGGUAUUGUAGAAAGUGUUGGCAAGAAUGUUAAACAAUUUAAAGCUGGUGAUCAUGUAAUACCAGUAUUUGUACCCUACUGUGCUAAAUGUAAGUUUUGUCAAAGCAGAAAAACGAACAUUUGUGAUAAAAUACAUGAUGUACCAGGAGGUAUAGCGCCAGGUAAGGGAUUAUUGCUUAAUGGCAAAACACCCUUUUCCUGCAAAGGUAAACCAGUUUAUAACUUUAUGGGCACUUCGACAUUCUCUGAGUAUACCGUUACUGAUGAUAUAUUCGUUUGUAAAAUUAAUAAAAAAGCACCCUUGGAUAAAGUAUGUUUGCUUGGCUGUGGGGUCUCUACAGGUUAUGGAGCAGCAAUUAACGAUGCCAAAGUUAGGCCUGGAAGCACUUGUGCCGUAUGGGGACUAGGUGGAGUCGGUUUAUCAGUUGUAAUGGGUUGCAAAAGAGCAGGUGCAUCUAUUGUUUGUGGUAUAGAUAUCAAUUCUAAAAAAUGCAAAAUAGGUCAAAUUUUUGGAAUAACUCAUUUUAUCAAUCCAAAUGAAACUGAUGAAUGUAUAAAAGAUUAUCUUCUAAAAUUAUCUAACGGUGGUUUUGAUUAUACUUUCGAAAGUUGUGGUAUAACAAAAUCUAUGGAAGAUGCUAUGGAUGUAACACACCCUGGUUGGGGUAUUUGCACAGUAAUGGGUGUAGCACCCACAGGUGAAAAAAUUUCCACUUCACCCGUUAAUUUGAUAGCUGGACGCAAAUGGAUAGGUUCUGCUUAUGGUGGAUUUAAUGUUACUGAAAUUCCUGCACUUGUAAAUGAUUAUAUGAGUGGUAAUAUUAAGUUGGAUGAAUUAAUUACUCAUACCGUAACUUUAGAAAAUGUUAACCAAGCUUUUGAAAAUAUGUUUGGAGGUAAAGGUCUGCGCACUGUAGUAAAAUUCAAAACAUAAUUUCAAAUUUUUCUUU